UAAUCUAACAACAACAACAAGCGAUCGAGAUCGAGAUCGAGAUAUGCACCGUGGACGCAUCGCCGUGAACCCGGCCGCCGGCACGUUCGCCAGGUUUCCGCCGCCGCCGCCGCGCUUCAAGUUCAAUCACAUGUUUCCCGUGCAGGUGCAGGCCCCGCCGUUUGUCUACCACGCUGCUCCCCUGCCGCCGGUACAGCCGCAGCUGGCGGUCCAGGUGCGCCCUGUGUGGGCGGGGAACUUCAACGAAGAGUGGGGCUACCUCCAGAGCUUCGCCGCGUUCGCCCGCUACGUCGCUGUCGACGUGCACUACCCUGGACUCGUGCACGCCGCCGGCCAGGACCUCAGCAGCCUGACGGUGGAGCACUGCUACGCGCUCAUGAAGGCAAACGUCGACGGCCUCAAGCCGCUCCAGGUCGGCAUCGCCGUCUGCGACCACCAGGGCCAGCAGGUCGCCUGGGAGUUCAACCUCCGCGACUUCUGCCGCCUCGCCGACCCGCACGACGACAAGGCCCUCGACUACCUCGCCCGCCGCGGCCUCGACCUCGACACGCUCCGUAACCACGGCGUCGACGCCUACAUGCUCGGCGCGCUGCUCAUGGGUUCCGGCCUCAUCGGCGCCGGACACGGGCGGCCGCUGUCGUGGAUCACCUACGCCGGCGCCUACCACGUGGCGUACCUCCUGAAGAUCGUCACGGGCGGCGCCCCGCUGCCGCACGACGUGGCCGGGUUCCUCGGCGCCAUGCAGUAUUACCUCGGCCAGCAGGUCUACGACGUUGCGACGAUGGCGGCCGGCUGCUCGGGCAUGCCGGUGGGGCUGGACUGCAUCGCCGCUAACCUGCGCAUCCAUCCGCCGUGGGGGAGCCCUCGCCUAGCAGGCGCCGCCGCCGUGCGCGCGCUUUUGGCCUUCAGGAUUUUGAAGCAAGGGCAGUUCGGUGGCAGCGUGGAGAGGUUCCGAGGCCUGCUUCAGGGCCUGCAGCAUUAGUUGUUCGACGGUCGAUCAGACACGAGCAACGUCGUUGGUCAAGAAUUCGAAUGUGCAACGGUCAAGCGUUUGUUUUUCUCAUCGAAAAAAAAACAUUUGAUUUUCCUUUAGUAAUCAUAUUUUUUUUUGCAUGGUAGUAGUAAUCAAAACUUCCGGUCAAGGUUUUAGUGAUGAGUGAUGUAUUUGUCGCAAUAAUUACUUGAGUAGUAUGUAUAAACUUCCAGUCAAGGUUUUAGUAGUAUGUAUUUGUCGUAAUUUGAUGAGUGAUGUUUUUGUCAACCAUGUA